AUGCUGACUGGUGGUCGACACGGUAUCAGAGAGCCCAAGAAUGAAGGAAAAUGCGAUGGAGACCAGCGAGAAUACUCGUUCAGAAUGCAGAUUGACAAUGAAGAUGAGUUAUUCCUCUCAAAGGAGGAACCCCUGGACGGGUUUGUGCCAUGGACUGCUUCGGACAUGCUCUCUACGACUAGAUUAGGCUGUCGACAAUGUGGAAGUAUUGUUUUGGACUCACCAUCUUUGUAUCACACUGACUCCAUAAAUGAAUGUCCCGCGGGGUGGGUUUGGAAAGAUUUGCCCAGCGGGAACUGGGCUGAAAUGAUGGAUUUUUGGCACUGCCAUAAACCUGAUACUGAGAAGGAAGAUACACAGGAUGCUGCGAUACGGGUCCCGGAAGACAAAAAUGCUACAGUCAAGGGAUAUGGUGCCGCGAAUCAAGUCAUUGCCAACCCUGGAAUUGUCUUAGUGGAUGUGGCGACUUUCCUGGUCUCAGAGGUGGAUUGUAGUGGAUUGAAACAGAUUCAAUCUGAAGAUAUUCAGAAGCCUUCACUGGAUCUGCAAACAGAAAUACACUGCGAGAACUGCAAUACUCUGGUGGGCGUGGAAGAUAUUGUGUCUCGAGGGUGGAGACUAUUUAAGACAAGCCUCGCCGCAAGCACGAAAGCACUCAAAGAAGAUAAGGGAGGGACAGAUUGGCACACCCAAUCAACUGAAACUGUUGUGGCCGCACAACUACUCGAACUGAUAGAAAGGGAAAGCACUAGACGAUUUGUUAUCCACAGUGGCCAGAAGGAGGGCCUGUUGAUAUGGGUUUUUAAUCCAGACUUGUGGUACACAAAUUCGAGUACUACUCACAGUAUCACGGCGCAACGGGCAAUGAAGAUUCUGUUCCAAACAGUUGCUAAUGUUGAUGAGAUGCUCAACCCCGAGAGUGGCAAGGCCUCAUCUUUAUCUCUCGAAGAGCUUCGUCUGCCAGCCAACGUCUUUUCCGCUGUUUUAACAGCGUUGGAGGGAAGUAAUGAGAUGUUGCCCCUGUCCGCAAGGAGAUUUCGGGAAUGGAGAGUGGGGGUGAUGCAUCGGUUUGUGAGGUCGAACGCCUGA